GCAGCUUGUGAGCAUAUAAUGCUUUCUUCUGCAGCAAACAUCAGCAUCAGUGCAGUUUGAAAACAACUGAGUUAUAUGUUCUUGUUUACUGAGAUAAUUUGAAGGGAAAAGACUGUCUCUAGUGUAUGAAUUGAGGCUUGUAAGCAAAGAGAUGUUAAAGCUGUAAAGCAAGUAAGAAUCACUUGAAAAACUCUGUGUCCUGCAGGGAGAAGGGCACUGUGGUAUGCCAUAAUAACUACCCCAUUAUAAUAUUUGGUAGAGUUGCAUCUUACAGUUCUUAAGCUCUGCAUUUGAAAGUGUUUUGUAGGACUCCCUUGAGGGUCAGGAGUGAGAGUCGUUUGUAUGCAAUGCAAACAGGGAUGAAGAUUGAUAGUAAAACCCCAGAAUGUCGUAAAUUUUUAUCCAAACUUAUGGACCAGUUGGAAGCUAUGAAAAAGCAAUUUGGUGAUAAUGAAGCAAUUACUCAGGACAUUGUUGGUUCUGCUCAUGUGGAGAAUUAUGCUUUGAAAAUGUUUUUGUAUGCAGACAAUGAAGACAGAGCUGGGCAAUUUCAUAAAAACAUGAUAAAGUCCUUUUAUACUGCAAGUCUCCUGAUAGAUGUUCUAACAGUAUUUGGGGAGCUCUCUGAAGAGAACGCCCAGCAUAGGAAGUAUGCCAGGUGGAAGGCAGCAUACAUUCAUAACUGCUUGAAGAACGGAGAGACUCCUCAGCCUGGGCCUAUUGGAAUGGAAGGAGAGAGCUUUGCAGAUGUUGAAAAGGAAGAAGCAGGGUCAUCUUCUCUCCAUAGUGGAACAACUCAACCAACAUCAUCAUCUACAUAUGAAGCUAACAACAUACCAACUAGUAAUUACACUGGCAUACAUAUACCACCAGGUGCCCAUGCACCAGCCAACACUCCAGCUGAAGUACCUCAUAACACAGGAGUGACAAGUAACACCAUUCAGCCUUCUCCUCAGAAUAUUCCACUAGUCGAUCCUUCCCUUUACAGUGCUCAGCCUGCAGGGGAAGUCCGUUUGACUCCAGAGGACUUUGCCAGAGCUCAAAAAUAUUGCAAAUAUGCUGGCAGCGCUUUGCAGUAUGAAGAUGUGAGCACUGCUGUGCAGAAUCUACAGAAGGCCCUGAAGUUACUGAUUACGGGCAGAGAAUGAAGCCUUUAUCCAACAGAUUCAUGUCUUUUGCCUAAAGAACUAACAGCUUAUUACUGUACCUGUUAGGGGAGUGGAGUUAUACAGAAGUUCUCAGUCCCAUCACCCAUGACAGUGAAAUCACUGUUUCAGUGUCAGGUUAGCAAUUAAUGGUACAGUAGGAAACUGUUUUCAUUUUACAAACAGUGGAGCUAGAAACAUACAAAUGCAGUGGCUUGAUAUAAGCAAAAUACUAAAGAAAGUACUGUGAACACUGCUCAAGAGUUAGAAUUCAUCUUGCAAUAUUUAGAUUAUUGGAAUGGGAAAAAGCUGAAUAUGUAAAAAAACUUGAGCAUGAGAAUGUUCUGUUAAAAUUCUUACUCUGAUUUUAUUACUUCAAACAAUUAUUAAAUAAGUGUAAUAGCUUUAAAAUGGUAGCUAAGAUUAGCGCUUUCUUCCGGAAAUGAGAGCAUGUGGAAAGGCUGACAGAUCCACAGUGGGAAGGACCUUUGUCUAUACAUGUAUUAUUUGGGUAUUAUCUAAGACGUAAGUCAAAGCUGGGGGAGACUUGAGGACAUUUGUAUUUCAUUUUAAAACAUGCUGGUAAAAACAUCUCUUGAUACUUCAGAGGGAGUUGUUUUGAUGGUGUUCCAAACCAAAUCCUCACAACUGUUGGGAUUGCUACAUGUAUUCUUGAUAUUGCUUCUUGCUCCUUUUGUGUGAACAUUUAAAAUUUUGUAUAUGUAUGGGUAAUUAAGAAAAAGUACUAAUAUUUAUCAGAGAUCAUCCUGAAACUGGAGGCAGAGAUUCUAAACAACCUGAACUUUUAGGGAGAUUUACUUCCAUCUUUUUAAGAGGCUGAAAUAAAGGCCUGUUGUUCAGCCAUUAAGGCAGUAUAGGUUCAUCUCUGGUAUUAGCGUCAUAGAGCUUCUUAUAUCUAGCUAAUAUUCUUCCUGUCUGCUUUGUUCUGGAGAUUUUUUGGACUUGGGAUUUAAUUAAAAUAUCUUGGAAACCAAAUUUUGAGUCUUUAUGAGGUCUGGCCUUGCAAUUACAGAGCUCUUGAUUGUUAAAAAUCCAUCCAUGCUGUUUAAAAGAAAGAAUAAGUAGUCUUUUAACUGGUGUGACAUAAUAAUUGGGUACACCAUAGUGCAUGUCUGAUUUAUGUAAUAAUGACAUAUUAUCUGAUCUUUCUUUCAAAGCUGCUGGAUCAAAUUCAUGUAUUUGAAACUUCACUAUUUUGGAGUGACUAAAGUAAGUCUGAUAGUCAAAGUAAAAAGAUGAGAAAAAAUAUCAAACAUAAGCAUACAUUGUUGUAUCUUCUUAAGAGUGUAGAGUUUUUGACAGCAGGUUUGAAAAGGGUAGUAUGAAAUUUGUAAAUGUAUGCAUAAACAUUUUAGUUGAUUGAGAUUUGAUAGACAAAAUGUCUGGUAUUGUUUGUGUUGGUUUCUGACAUGGGAUGGCAUGCUAAUCUGGACAGUGAUUUGGGUUGGAUUUUAAUUGUUUUGGGAAAUUUAGAACAAAUCAGUCUGAAACUUUUUUGACAGUAAUGUUGUACAGACCUGGGCAAUAGCCUGUGUUUCGUACAGUGCUUCAUGCAAGAUAGAUCACUCAGUUCAGUAUCAAACUGAAUUACUGUAAAUUAUUCCAUGCAUUGUGGUGUUACACUGUGAUUGGAAGAGCUGCUUUUCAGUUGAAAUAAGCAUAAAGAACGUUGAUCCUUGUAGAAAUAUAUAUAUUACAUUGUUAUAAGAAAAAGUCAGAAGUUGCUUUCAUUUGGGAAUCGUACCAGUAUUUGCUAAUACCAGCUUCAGUCCCCACCGCUUGAAGGAGGAAAGUCAGUUUUUCUAUUUAUAAAGGAAUUCUAUUCAUUAAAAGAACCUCGAAGCUUUUGUAUUACAUGGAAAAAUAUGCAAACUAUGAUAUAAUACUGUGUUAUUUGAGGCUUUUCAAUUUAAUAUUUUACUGGUGAUCAAGUGCUACGAAAUGGAAGUACAUAACUAAGAAGGUUACAAACAAAUAUUUGAGUAUUUCUUAAAGUGUAUGAAAGAUUGUCUGUUGCCAUCACUGUGUUGAACCUCUAGAUUCCUCUAGGAAACCAGGGUAUCAUCAGUGAAAAAGCAGUAAGAAUGAAAAAGCAAUAAGCAAAUUUUUGAGUGAUCAUUUACAAAUGCGUAACCUCAUUUUGCCUGGAAAAAAAUUAAAAUAAGUGUGAUAAUAAGUGAAAAUCCUAAUAAAAAGGUUUUAGAAUUUGUCAGAGAAGCUGUCAGGACAUUUUUUCUACACAUAAAUUAGUGUUUUGAAGAUCUAUCAUAUAAAAUUAUCAUGAAUUCUGUAAUAUUAAACAUAUAAAACAUAUCCUAAUACUGACCUUCAGACCACAGUACUGAAUUAGCAUAUAGAGUUUAAAUUUGCAUAAAAUUAUUUUGCUCUGAUAGGUUUUUUAAUUAAGAAUUUUUGUAACAGCCCAUCAAACCAUGUUUGAAGCCAUAUCUCUAAGCUGCUAACAUUUGGUGCAAUGGACUGAGUAUUUAUCCUCCCGAUAAAACUGAUACCUUAAGUAAGUUAUAGUAAAAUGUUUCCAUUCCAGUAAAUAUAGCCUCUGGAACAACAUUCAUUGUGGCAAGUAGCCCAAAAGUACAAACCAGUGUUGCAGAACAGUUCAAAAAGUGUACAUAUUUGAGAAUGUCAGGAGAAUGUAGGUAGAUAGCCUGUAGUUAUUCCAAAUUGGAAUUUGUGGUAGGCACUGGAAUUUAUGGCCCCAUUGUUAAAUAUUGUGUGAGCUUUUAAGUGUUGACUGAUUCAUUUUACAGCCGCUCUGAGUGAUGAAGUAUCAACCCAUUGCUCCUCUUAAACCAAUUCCCAACACGUACAAGUACAAUAUUAAAUAAGUGAGAGUGCAGUUUUUGUUGCGUGCUACAGUCAACAACUCUCUUCUUAACUAUGAUUGCCACCCACAUCCUUGUUGGCUUUUCUCCUUUGGAUUGCAAGUUCUCAAUCUUCUCAGUCUUGCUUAAGAAAGGAGAAAGCGUUUUCUGUCAUAUAUUCUACAUUCUGGUUUGCUACUUACAUAAGCUAGACUUUUAAUUAAGCUAGAAUUCUGUUCAGUGUUUGUUACUUAAAAGGCUUUUGGUAUUACUUAAUAUUUGGCAGUUCUUUAUGUUUUCACCUCUCUGCAGGGAAAGUUCCAUUUUAUACUUCAGAAUUCCUGCAAAACUCUUUGAAAAGUGUGUUGCAGAAGCAGGUCAGAGUUUAUGAAAUGGUGGAGAUAUUUUUCAAAUGUGCACUAAUUGGAUUUACUAAUACUAGAGGUGUUCUUUUCAAAUUGUUGCAGUCAUUUUAUGGAAUUUUUAAUGAUGUCCUUUGUAAAUGAAGUUUCAGAAGCAUAGACUUAAAUAUGAUCAUAUUACAGAAUGUGAUUGUAAUUGUAGUAUUUGAUGCUAUAUAAUACUUGUCUACGAGAAAUUAACAGAGAAACUUACUGUCUGAAGUAGAAUUGGGGGGUGGUGUGUGUGCAGACACAUAUGUUUGUGCAUUUAUAAUAUAAUGCAUGUAAAUUCAGUGGUGGGCUGUAAGAAUGCCUUCCAAAAAACAUACUUAGUACCUUGUUUACAAGUAUUAGUAAAACGUCAGAUACAAAUAAAUAGAUACUGUUGACAAAUGUUGCUCCUAAUGCUAAGUUUUAAAAGUACUAGUAUAGUGCCAGAAGUUAGCUUUUAUUUGUGCAGUAUUCCAAAUGAAUGAGCUUUGAUUUUCUCCUUUUUCAUGUCAACAGUAAACUAGGAGCUAGUUACAAAAAGAAUGAGAACACAGAUUGAGAGGAAGUUAGUUGUAUGAAAGAUCAAAGAUAGUUUCUGUUAUUGUAAAGUCUUUAUAAGAAUGUCCUGAUUGAGACUGGAAAGUGCCCUUGCUUAUAAAGUAUAAUUACUGCUUUCUUUUAAAAUGUCCUUUGUUGUGUGGUUUAUGGAAUUAGAGCCUGAGCCUGCAUAUCUGGAUUGGGAAAACCGAAAGUUUGAUUCCAAGUUUCUAAACCACUUGUGCAUCCUGAUACCGACAGGAAUUUUCGCAAUCACCUCAGAGUACCUAUUUUUCGGUGUUGGAAUUUUAACCAAGUUUGUUGGGAAAAGAAGCAACGUUUUUUUCUUACUGCUUCACCACCUUUUAGUGCACAGCUGUAGCAACAAGAGAACUGGAGAAAACAUGAAUUUGCAUUAGAUAUUUCACUGUCAGCAAGAAAAGACUAUUAUAUUGCCAGCAGAGCUCUUUUUGGCUUACAGGAGUAUUGGAACAGUCAGAUCAUAGAGACUGUUCUCUAUGUAAUAUAUGCCUACAGAAUGUAAUGCCCUCAAUGAUCUCAGAAUACGAACAUUGUAAAUAAGAGCAUUGAAAACAAACAAAAAGUGGAGGCAUGUGCCAAGAGAGAAAAAGAAAUCACAUUCUCCACAGAAUGGGAAGGAGCAACAAAAUAAUUGCAGAAGAAAGUAGAAGAAAUACUGAAAAUCCCACAUGGGAUGGGAGCAGGACAGUGACUGGAAUAAGGUUAGAGUUGUUGGCCGAUUUCUUUAGAACUUUGAAAGAGAUGAGAAAGAAGCUUAACGUUAAGGCAUAAGACUGCAGGAAUACAACAAAAGACCCCGAACACUUCUUUACUCCAAACUGGGGAAAAUGUGAGUUAUAGCACACGAGAAAGUUGAAGAGUCUAGCUCUAAAAGGAAAGAAAAAAAAUACAAGUAGAUAGCAUUCUGAAAAUGGAGAGGAUCAGCUCCUCUCAUCCUUGGAACCUUUGCAUUCAUUAAAAAUGUUACAGUUUUGGAAGACUGAGGAGACUGCAUAAGUAAUUGCAUGGUAUCUGCAGAGAAUUAAGAGAUUCAUGUUUGUACUUAAAAUGCUAUCUCCUGAUUUUGUGCUUUCCUUCCUGUUCCAAUUUACCUCCCCUUUUUCAUUGUCUGUAUUUAAUCUGUGGUGUUCCUAUAGCUAGAGAGGAGGUGGUUGUUGUGGAAUAGAAUGUUAAGUAUGAGUAAUAGCCCACAUACUUAGACAUUCUUGGGUAAUUUGGGAAGAUUAACAGGUCUGUGUUUUACCUUGUGUAUGUGCUCUGGAGAAAAAUGUAGUGAUUGUACUUCCCUCGUAGGUUCAGAGGCUCUUUGACAGCAAUAUGACUACAAUAUUUAAGGAAGGAUAUGUGGAAAUUAACUCUACUCAGAGCAUAUUCCCAGUCAGAACCCAACAAACUGAUAUCUAGAAGUUUGAAGACCUCCAGCUAAGCAGUUGGUGAAAUUGUCAAUUUUAACUUGCCUCAAUUAACCCAUCUCUAAGAUGAGCUUCCUCAGAUUUAACACAUCUUAAAUAGUCAGGAUUUUUAUAAUCGAGACAAGGGUUGAUUUUGUUCCCAAAAUAAAUAGUUUUUAGAGAGGCAGAGAAGGCUUUAAUAUGUGAGGAGUAGAUGUAUAAUAAGAAGAAAUUAAAAAAACACUUGAUAGGAAAAUUUAGCAGAUAAUGGGCAGGAAUGAGAAGAUCUGCAAUACGGAGACAGUGUAGAUUUAAGUAAUGAAAAGCAAUUUAUACAUAGUAGUAUCUAAGGCAAAUCUUAAAAUGUUGAAUUUAUAACUUCAGAAUUAGUGUUUUACAGCAGAACAGCAAAUAAAGCAAUUGUAUGAGGGGAAAAAAAAAAGAAAAAGCUGUCAUCAACUUCAGACCUGUUAGUUUAACAAUAAGGUGAAGCAAAAGCUCACUUCAGAUUGUGAACAAAAGACUUGAAGUUCAAAGAUAGACAUAAUACCAUAUCGUAUGUUUUCUCUAAGCCCUUUUGUUAUGCCCCUCACCCUGGGUGGUUUGUGAGACUUCAGUUUUAGAAAGUGAAUGCAGUGAAUUUAAUUUACCUAGAAAAAGUAAUUUUUCUAGGUAAUUUAGAGCCUUGAUGUAAGGCUCUAAAAUACUUAGGUGGAAAUAGAUAAACAUGAGAAUUUAAUGAUGGAUUAAAGCUGGUGGAAAAAGAGAUUGCAUUAAAUUCUAGAUUAUUUUCAGGAUGGAAAUUGAAUGAGAUCAGCCUAGGGCGACAUCCUGUUUCAUGUAUCAGAGACUUAGGUGACGGUCACCAUCUAAGUCACAUGUGAUUUGUGGAUCAGAUGAAGGUAUUGCAAGUACUGCAGAGAACUGGGAAAAAUUCUGUGACUUUGACUGAAGGACUGGAGUGAAACUAAAAGCACAAAUUACGAAGUCAUUCACUUGGAUUCUAACAGGAGAAUAUUUUUUAAUGAAAAUUAGGAUACGGGGAGCUGAAAUAAUUCCCAUCAGCGUCACCUAGUUCAGUGGGCUAAUAUGAAUUUAGGAUGCAUUGGAUGAGAUUGUUUCAGUAAGAGAGUAAGUACACUGUCAGUACCGUGUUUGAUUCUCAUCAUUGUUGAUCAAAGAUACUUGUAAGAGAUACAAAGAAUAGCUACUGAGGUCCUGAAAAUCUUACCUAUUAAAAAAAAAAGAUCUAGUUACAGAAUGGCUUUCUAGAGGCAUUAAGGACAAAGCAUUAAUUUAUUUUAAGACAAUUUGAUAAAUUUAUGGAUUGGAUUGCAAGAUUGAAGUGGUUCUAGAGUUAAAUUUUCAGUUUGUCAGUCAGUGAGCUUUUGGGAAGGUUUUUCUGGCUUCUGCCAGCUUUUGAGUGAUGAUCCAUUUCCCAAAAUACCUGGAAAUGUUACUUGUAAAUAAAUGUAUGGCAGGACCUGAGACAUUGUGAUGACUAGAUUUUUCCCAGUGACACAUCAUUUUGUCUUUAUUAGGUCUAAUGUUUGUUACGAUGUAUUGUAGGCAUUUUGUGAAUAAUAGUGAGAGUGGGGCAGAACAAAGAGAUUUUUACGCACUGUAUGAAAUCAAUACCUAGUGUGUGUUUACUUGUGACUGUGGAGGAAUAUCCACAGUUUGCAUGUUUCUGAAUACAGACACCUUUUAAACUUGCAAUAUGAAAAGCUUAUCAAAGAUUUAGAUGUAUUGCAUAUUACCAAGAUAUGGCACUGCUCAAAAUAGAGGCUGUUAUCUCAUGGAGUGAAUGCAGCUUUGCAGGAACUAGCCAUACUGAAAUCCUUGUAAGAUGUUGUAAAAACCAGCAAAUAUUUCUUUUGUGCUGAAGGUAAUCAAGUGUAUCAGCACAGUCUUGGGAAAAAUACUUUAUUCAGUGUAGGUAUUAAAUCUGUAUUUGUAAAACAGACAUGCAGGUACUCAUGACUACUGCACAUAGGCUCAGCAGGCUUUUGAUAAUAGAAACUUUACACACAUCUGGCCUUUAUCCCACAGUUAAUUGCCUGAGUAACUUCACCCAUGUGAAUGGUCCUAUUGAGGCAAUAAAAGUGCUCAUGUACAUAAAUGCUUGUCGUGUGUGGGUAGAAAGCUUUCCUUGUUGUUCAGUAAAAUAUAGCUAGAACAAUGGCAGUGGUUUAAUGGAUCCAAAUGUAGUAUGUUGCUAGUUCUCCACUGUGGAGGUUCUCAUCUUAUAAUCCUUAUACUGGCAUUUUUUUAGGUGGAAGUCUUUUUUCCAUUUAUGUUUUCUGUUGGGAAAUACUAAAGUUUUUAUUUGCACUUUACAUAAAAUAAUAAUGAUAAAUCUUAUCUAACGUAAUUGCACUAGACAUGCAGAAAAAGACAGUACACAUUUGAAGGCUCUGUCAGGGUAUUUUAUGGUACAGAUAUAUCUAAACACAGCUCCUAUCAGUUAAGAAAUUUUUAUUCUCAGCAACACAUGCAGGAACAUGUACAGGGCCGACAGUACAGGCUCUGCCAUGUAUACUGAAGGUGGUCAUGAGAGAGGGCAAUUUCUGUUCACUCUCAGCCACCUACCUAAAUCAGAACAUUCAGCUAUCUCUCGAAGAGAGCAUUGUGAACACUGUUGAGCUUUCUUCCCUUAACCACACAGCUUUAGAUGAUAUAUUUCUCUCACAGACUCCUUGGAGUACUUAGCAGUUGUCCCUGUUGAAGCUCAAGUGAGAUACAAACAGCAUAAAAUGUGAAAGUUUCUUUAUACAGCCACUUUUCAUAGUAACUGUGUAAUAUUUGUGGGUACUGUUCACUCAGUUUUCCGUGAAGUAAUCUGUUUGUAAAUGUUUCUGCCUAAAUAGGACUGGUUUACAGACCCAUGUGUAUUUGUUCAAAUCACUAAGCUCUCUGAUCCUAAGCAUGUUGGAGUAUGCUAAACACCCUGCUACUGCAUUUCUAGCACCUGCAGUUUCUUCAGUUUCUGACAGUGGAAAUGCCUAUCAAGCUUACUGUCUACUGAAAUCUAAGUCCUAUUUCUACAACUUUUUCUUCUGUCACAGUUCGUCAUCACUUCUUUUUUUCCUUGGUUCAUACAGCUCCAGUGUUAGAUUAAAAAUAAGAUUACUUGCUACAAGCAUUUUCUCUCAAUGCCUAGUGCUCUGUUAGUCUCCUGUCUAGAAAUUUCUUGAUCUUCAGUCAGCUUCCUUGUCUUUUUAGUCCUCAGCUAUGCAAAAUGUAAGGACUUGAGAGCUCCCAAGAGAAAACAUCUGUUUAGGCCUCCCAACUUAAAAGCUCUUUCACAUUCAAGCCUUUAGAAAAGGGAAAUGGAAAACACAGGGUGGGACAAUGUUUUUAGAGACUGAAGAGGCUUUCUCUUUGUAGGGCACUCUAGAGAGGACGUGAGAUUACCAGCCGUUUUUCUGAAACUCUUUUGUCUGUUAAGACUUUGAUUUAAAGUGGUUUCUUGAGAUUUUGGCAAGCAAGUGGCAGACGUUGAAUCAGUCUACAUCUUACUAGGUUCCUCUGUCAUCGCUCCAAAACAAAGGUCUUGCUGACUGGCACUAACUGGGUGGCUAAGUUCAAAAUACUUGACAUUAUACUGAAAUACCUAGGAACUUUGACAAGAUACAUCUGAGAGGGAAUUGGUUUUAUUUAACUAAUUUCUUUCAUACAAGUUGUUAAGAUACCUUUUCAUCACUAAAAUGACCAUAACAGAUACUGUUGAUGAAGAUGCAAUGUAACUUAUAAAGUUAAUGCACAUGCAAAAUAUAAAAUAAUAGAAAAUUUAGGAUGGAAAUUCAUAUUUAUCCUUCUUUCCAGAUAUGCUCUGGGCAAUGCCCAGUAAAAUGACUUUAUUUGGAAAGCACAUCUCACACAAAAAUUUCCACAUGGAAAUAAAUGGAAGAAAGGAAAAAUCAAGCCAGACUCUGAAAUAAAACAAAGGUUGAAAAUGAACUGUCUACAUCUUUACUGCAUUGGGAGGUUUGGGGGACAUGUAUGCUAAUUUCUUCAUUCAAUACUGUAAGCUUCUAUUUUUACUCUAUGUGGAGACCAUAAUAAGAUUAAUACAUUCUUGUAAGCGUAAAAGAAAAUAAAGUUUUUAAUGUAAUUAGUAUUAGUCUCUGUAAAGAUAUAAUUGAAGCCAGAGGCUUAUGUAUUUGAAGUCUCAAAAUAGUAAAACGUAAGAGAGGUUAGAAGUGGAAGAGGAAACUUCCACAGCAAAAUUCACUCAUCCUUCAAGUAUUUUUUGUUAGUGGAUUAUACUGUAGAUUCAUUUGAUUGUCUGGAGUGUGAGAGAUUUGUACAGACAUCUUUUAUCCAGAGUUUUUACUAAGUUAAAGUGCUCAACUAGCCACUAUUGCAUUUAAAAUUAGAGACAAGGUAAAAAGUUUGGGGAGCGUUGAUGUUAAUUUGUAUUUUGCCUCGUAGACAUUUAAACAUAUUCCGCACUUGGGAAGGGUGGCUUUAAAAGAUUGCAUAGCACAUCCUUUUUUAGCUGAUAUUUCUUUAAAUGCUACACUUGACACCAAGUGGAGCUUCAUAACUUGUGUUACUGCAUUCACAAACAAGCCAGCAUGCUUCAUGAUCACACUAAAUCCUGGCAUCUGUCAUAAGCAUUCAGCUUUGUUGAAUGCAAAUAAAGAUUUCUUCAGUGGUUCUCUUCCCUGGCACCACAAAUUUUGAUCAGUGUCGUCAAAAUAGGCAGGGAGAGAAGAAAAUUACCUGGUCAGAUUGUACAUGAAAAUAAAGCUAAUAAAAUUCAGCAUGUGAACAUUG